AUGGCUCUAAAAGGACAAGAAGAUUAUAUUUACCUUUUCAAGGAUUCAACGCAUCCAGUGGAUUUUCUGGGUGCAUUCAGAACAUUUUACGUGGAUGGAUUAUUUACUGAUAUUACCCUUCAGUGUCCUUCAGGCAUAAUCUUCCGUUGUCACCGAGCUGUUUUAGCCGCUUGCAGCAAUUAUUUUAAGGCAAUGUUCACAGCUGACAUGAAAGAAAAAUUUAAAAAUAAAAUAAAACUCUCCGGCAUCCACCAUGAUAUUCUAGAAGACCUUGUCAAUUAUGCAUACACUUCCCAAAUUGAAAUAACUAAAAGAAAUGUUCAAAGCUUGCUGGAAGCAGCAGAUCUGCUACAGUUCCUUUCAGUAAAGAAGGCUUGUGAGCAGUUUUUGGUAAGGCACCUGGAUAUUGAUAAUUGCAUUGGAAUGCACUCCUUUGCAGAAUUUCAUGUGUGUCCAGAACUAGAAAAGGAAUCUCGGAGAAUUCUGUGUUCAAGGUUUAAGGAAGUGUGGCAACAAGAAGAAUUUCUGGAAAUCAGCCUUGAAAAGUUUCUCUUUAUCUUGUCCAGAAAGAAUCUCAGUGUUUGGAAGGAAGAAGCUGUCAUAGAGCCAGUUAUUAAGUGGACCGCUCAUGAUGUAGAAAAUCGAAUUGAAUGCCUGUAUAACCUACUGAGCUAUAUCCACAUAGGCAUAGAUCCACUGUUUAAAACAGCGUUAGGCCUUCAAAGAACCUGCCUACUAACGGAAAAUAAGAUACGCUCUCUAAUAUACAACGCCUUGAAUCCUAUGCAGAAGGAGAUUUCCCAGAGGUCCACAGCCACCAUGUACAUCAUUGGAGGCUAUUACUGGCAUCCUUUAUCAGAGGUUCAUAUAUGGGAUCCUUUGACAAAUGUUUGGAUUCAGGGAGCAGAAAUCCCAGAUUAUACCCGAGAGAGCUAUGGGGUUACAUGUUUAGGACCCAACAUUUAUGUAACGGGAGGCUACAGGACAAACAACACGGAAGCUCUUGACACAGUGUGGAUAUAUCACAGUGAAAGUGAUGAAUGGACUGAAGGUUUACCGAUGCUCAAUGCCAGGUAUUACCACUGUGCAGUCACCUUGGGAGGCUGUGUCUAUGCCUUAGGUGGUUACAGAAAAGGGGCUCCAGCAGAAGAGGCUGAGUUCUAUGAUCCAUUAAAAGAGAAAUGGCUUCCUAUUGCAAACAUGAUUAAAGGUGUGGGAAAUGCUACUGCCUGUGUCUUACAUGAAGUUAUCUAUGUCAUUGGCGGCCAUUGCGGCUACAGAGGAAGCUGCACCUAUGACAAGGUGCAGAGCUACAAUUCAGACAUCAAUGAGUGGAGCCUCGUCACCUCCAGUCCACACCCAGAAUAUGGAUUAUGCUCAGUUCCGUUUGAAAACAAGCUAUAUCUCGUGGGUGGACAAACUACGAUCACGGAGUGCUAUGACCCCGAACAGAACGCAUGGAGAGAGGCAGCACCCAUGAUGGAAAGGAGGAUGGAGUGCGGGGCUGUCACCAUGAAUGGGUGCAUCUAUGUCACCGGAGGGUACUCCUAUUCAAAGGGGACAUACCUCCAGAGCAUUGAGAAAUACGACCCAGACCUUAAUAAGUGGGAAAUAGUGGGCAGCCUUCCAAGUGCCAUGCGGUCUCAUGGAUGUGUUUGUGUGUAUAACGUCUGAUUGAAUCUACAGGCUUGACCAGGUCCUCACUGUGUGGAGUAUAGUAAAAAGAAUGCAGCAUUUGGAGUCCCUUACUUGUUACUGUGGUUUGCCCCAUGACAGGGGAUUGACAAAUUCUAAUUCCUAUAAUCCUACCCAUUCCAAACCCAGUGAUGAAUGAUCAAGAAAAAUCUUAUGGAGAUGUACAGUUGAAUCAGUGGGGUUAACCUCUAUAAUCUCUGCUUUUCAAAGAUAGUAUGGAAUAGCUGACACUUGGUAAAAGGUGAAGUAUCUUGGAGUGAAUAUUUUCUUCCUGGUAGCAUCAACACUGGGUACAGGUCAAAGUCAUUCUAUGUAACAAGAUACCUUUAAAGAGCCUGUGAUAUAAUAGAUAGUGUAUACUAAGGUUCUAUUUAGCUAGCAGGAGUUUAAAAUUUAAAGAGGGAAUCUUCUCUACUUCUGUAAAAUGAACACUUAAAAAUUUUUCCCCUUAGAACUAUGUAGAUUGUGGACUUUAAGUACAGUUUUUUUCCUUCGUAAGUGUAUGUAAUUUAUUGUUACUAUUCUUUUCUUACUGACUACCAAGAUAUGCAAAAUCCUGUGCAAAAGAUUAUUACUGUUCAA